CCUACAAGAAAAAUUAACUCCUUCCAACCCCUUUCCAACCCCUUUCCAACAUUUCUAGGUCGAAUUUGAAAUAUGGAACAGGUUAUCCAAGUUUUCAAAUCUCAGAGUAUUCUAGUCCUGGAACCCGGACAGGCCGAGUACAGACAUGCCAUCGCCACUUCAAAUCUCCUGUACCGCUUCUCCAAACCCGAUUGUGUGGUCCAACCAAAGAACGCUAUCCAAGUCCGGACCAUUAUCAACGAAGCCAAAUCAAAGUCGAUGAAAGUCACCAUCAAAUGCAACGGUCACUACGCGGGUUAUUCGAGAGCCUUUGGUGAUAUUUCCUUGGAUCUUAGGGGAAUGAAUAACGUCGAGCUCGAUAUGAAGUCCAUGACCGUGACUAUAGACGCAGGUUGCCAGUGGGAUGACGUGUACAAAAAAUUAGUCACCGGUGGCCACGAUGGAGUUAUCAUCAAUGGUGGGCGAUGCCCAACUGCUGGUGUGAGCGGUUUCAUUCUCGGCGGCAGCCCCGGACCAUUCACUCGUAGCUUCGGAAUGGGUUCCGACAAUCUCAUGGAAGCUACCAUUGUGACUGCCGAAGGUGAGCUCGUUACCGUCGGGGAAGGGGAUGAUAGUAAUUCAGACAAAGGCAGGCUCUUCUGGGCUAUACGCGGUGCUGGUGGCGGCAAUUUUGGCGUUGUAGUUCAGAUGAAGUUGAGGGUCCAGAAGCUAAGCAACAGAGAUGGAAUGGUAGUAGCAGGGAGAUACCAAUGGUUUCCCCCGGGUGGCUUCAAUGUCGAGGAUAUUACUACCAUGAACGAAAUCUACACGGCCCAAUGGCCCAAUAAUCUGACCAUCGAUACGACAUGGAUAUGCGACCUCCGACAGAACAAACCAGUCGGGGUUCGGUUCAUCGUCUCGUUCGAUGGUAGCAAGGACGAAUAUGACAAGGAGAUUGAAAAAAACAUUCCAAAUUCUAAACUUAAAAAUCAGUUCAAGCAAAGAGUGCUUGCCGAGAAGUCGACACGGUUCCUGUACGAGACGCUCGGGGCUCAGUGGAUGGAGGAUACCGAGAGAGGAUAUCCCACCAACAAGAUCUACAAGCUCUACCGCUCCUUUAUUUUUAAAAAUGAUAAGGAAGGCAUAGCUAAGAUCACAGCCAUUAUUAGAGACUUGACAACCACUUUCCAGAAAGACUUCAAGGGCGAGAAUGUCAACUUCCUGGUCACUUGGAUUCAUUCCGGCGGCAAGGCAGCCGAGAAGAAUCCAAGCGAAAGUGCCUUCUUUUGGCGCAAAGCUGUCUUCCACACAUAUGUCACGGUGGAGUGGGUCGAUAAGUGGAUGGAGAGAGAUAUGAGGUCUUUCCUAGAAAAUGUCAAAGUGGAACUAAAACCCCUAUCUCUGAAUGAGAAGGCCGGGACCAUCGACUGCCCAGAUGAGGACCUUUCAAAAGAUUCUCAUGGAGAGGCGUAUUUCGGAAGCAAUUACUAUGAGCUACGGAAAGUGAAACAGAUGUGGGAUCCGAACAGCUUCUUCGAGUGGGCUCAAGGCAUUCAGUGCGCAGGUAACCCAAAGGAAGAUACUAAAGAUAAGACAGAUCAAUUCGCGAGCCAGCAUUGGGAACGGCGGCGGGAACAGCGGUGGACGUAUUAUACGGAAGACUGAAUGAUCGAGCUAAUCUACAGCAUGAGGAGGAUGAUCGAGAAAUAAGAGGCUAUCCAUAGUGCAGUUAUUAAUCUAAGACUAUGGAUGUAUUUACCUACUAAUGUACAGAGUAGAGUCCCU